GGGCAGGCAGGCGAACCCGCAGCCCGCAGCCCGCAGCCCGCAGCCCAGAGCCGGGAGGCAGUCGCUGUGAGCUCGCCAGGGCCGCAGCGGGGCGAGAGGUGCACGGGGCGUUGGCACCCGGCUGCGCGCCUGCGUCGCGGACUUGGAUGCAGCGAGGACUCUUAUGCUCCUGGUGCGCUCGACGCGAGCCAUUCAACAGCUGGCCUCGCGGACAACAGUCGCAGGGAGCGACUGGGAGCGUAGGCAGUGGCUACUGCUGCAGCUGGAAAGGGGCGGCGGCGGCGGUAGUGGCGGUGGUGGUGGCAGACCCGCUAUCCCAGAGGAGCCCAGAGUGGAGACGCAACGGCUCCUGAGUCUCCCGGUGGCGACUGUGGACAGGAAUUCUGCUGGUAAUUUUCAGACUCAAGACAGAACCUGGAAGCAAAACACUGGUGAACUGAGGAUACCAUGACAGUCACAGUGGUAUAUGAUAACUCUGAGGCAACAGAGCUCUGUGCGGCUCAGCACCUCUACCUCAAGCCCAUAGCAAAAUUGAUGAUCAGUGUAUUGCUCCCAGAAAGUAUGGAUCCUGUGAGGCCCUUCUCUAACUGGGAAGUUCUUGACCAGCUAAAGAGCCUCAUUUGCCCUGACCAGUUCACCACAGUUCGGCUCUCCAAGAGUACAAAAGACUUUAUCCGAUUUGAGGGUGAGGCUGAAACCAGAAGUUUGGUUCAAAUCUUAAAGGCAAAGUUACAUGGAAAGAUCAUCAAGCUAAAUGGUUUGAAAACAGACUUAAAAGUAGUGGCUACAGAUGCCUUGGGAGAGUGGGAACACUUCCCCAGGGAAAAAGAAGCUUCACUGAGUGAUGGGGCUGAAGAGCAGGACCACGAUAAGAGCCCAGAUUCCAUAUAUUUUGAAGGCUUGCCCUGUAAAUGGUUUGCACCAAAAGGUUCCAGUGGGGAGAAGCCAUGUGAAGAGAUUGUUCGGGUAGUCUUUGAAAGUUUCGGGAAGAUCAAGAAUGUGGAUAUCCCUAUGCUUGACCCCUACAGAGAAGUGAUGACUGGUGGGAGCUUUGGGGGGUUUAGCUUUGGCUUGCAGACAUUUGAGGCCUUUAUACAGUACCAGGAGUCAACGGACUUUAAUAAAGCCAUGGAGUCCCUUCGAGGGAUGAAGCUGAUGCUUAAAGGUGAUGAUGGGAAAGCUCUGGCAUGUAACAUUAAGGUUAUGUUUGACACAACCAAACACUUCAGUGAAGGAGCUGUAAAGAGGAGAAAUCAGGAAAGGCUAAAAUUACAAGAACUGGAGGAAGAAAGGAAAAAAGAAAAGAGAAGAGAAGAGGAAGUGGCUGAAAGAAAAAGAAAAGAUGAGGAGAGGAGAGCCCACGAAAAGAGGAAGAAGGCCAGGACCAGGAGGCGAGCCCUGAAGGAGAGGGACAGCCACAGGUCAAGGAAGCACAAAGUGAGGGCCAAAGCUGAGGCACCUGAGGAGCCAGACUCUUCAGAAGAAUGGCAGGAGAGGAAGCACAUGCUGGCUCAGAGGAGAGUUGAGGCCCUUCGAUUGCUACGGGUACUCCUGAGGAAAAUCUCGGGAUCUACACAAUUUAACCCACAGGAGGUUGACAUUACAGGACCCGAAGCUAUUUAUACUCUAGGGAACACAUUGGAAAUUCUGGAGGAAGAAGAAUUCAACACUCAGCAUCUUCCAAAUCAAGAAGAAAUGCCAAAAUACCAGGUUGCCAAGUCAGAUAAUAAACAAACACAAAAAAUAAAGAAACGAAAUAGGGCUCGCUUACAUCAAUUUUCUCACUGCCUUCGGGGAAAAAAGUUAAGAUACUCAAUUAGAAAAGGGAGGACUGCAAAAUUAUUAACUGAUGGAUACAGACUGGUCUCUGGCCAGAAUUCCUUGAAAACUACAAUGAUCCAAGGUCAGACUCUUGAAAAAGAAGACCACCACAGUUCUAAUAAAUCCUAUUCUUCAAGAUUCUCUGAGAGAGACCAUGGCAGGAAAGAGAAGAUCUAUGAAACAGAUGAAUUUAUUAACUAUAUAUUAAACUAUUAUCAGACUCCAAAAUAUGCCCGGAUCUGUCUACAACCAAGUCACACAACAAGCACAUAUCAGUGGCACAGGGACGUUCAUGCUAAGGGAAAUGGAUUUGAGAUCAAUUUGAGAAAACGUAUGCCUGAUUCAAUCAUUUGGAGUCAAAUCGAAAACAUAGAAAGGAGAGAACAGGUUCAGGAAGAUGAUUACUGCUCAAAGGUAUGUACUCAGGAUCCUCAGGAUAAACCACAAAAUGGGGGGAAAGUAGAUUAUACCAAAGAGUGCUCUAAGAGAUUUAAAAAUGAUUGCAAGGAUACAGCCAGUGAGACUGGUGAUCAGCUGUCCCCAACUGAUGGUAAAAGCCAUCUCUUAGAAAAGACUCACACUGACCAGGUCCAAGAUUCCAAAUCCCAAAGGAAAAGUCAAGAUUCUUCCCCCUCCAGCUCAAUAGGCUUAGAUGUGCAUUUGACAGAUUUCUUAGAGGAAAUUAGUAGUGAUUCUGAAUGCUUCAGUGAAACUCUUAGCAUAAAUGAACAGGAGAAACAGAAAUCUGUGACCACACAUCAUGGUUCUCCUGAAAAAGGAACUCUUGAUGCAGAUGAAAUCAUUACCUGUGAAAGAAAAACUAGGUCAAGUCAGCAGACUUCAUAUUCAGAGUGGAAACGUGAUGGUGAGGAAAAAUACUCCAAAUACAAGCUUAAGACACCAGGCAAGAGGUCUAGGAAUGAACCGAGAUGUUCAUGGCUUAAGGAUGAAAGCAAUUCCGUUAAUGAUGAGAAGAAUAGCAGCAAAAAGAGGAGAAAAAUGGCCCCCAACUACUUAUUUGAUGAAGGCUACUACCACGAAUCCAGUUCCAGUGAUCAAUUAGAGGACAUCACAAAGAAGAGGAGGGUUAGUAGGGGUACACUGGACCAGAAUUUGAACUAUAGAACCUCUCAUGUGCCAAUAACAUCAAAAAGUGCUAAUGCUUUCUAUUUGGGAUAUUUUCCCAAAAGAAGAAUGAGUCCUUGGAAGGCAGACUAUAACCAGGAUGCAAGAAGGCUUAAAAGACAUGAGAAUUCUAAAGAUCUCAUUUUCAGUUCUGAUAAUCAUCAUGUUAGACAUAAUAGUCAGGAGCACAUUGACUAUGGAAGCUAUUUAGCAAACAACUACACUAGUUCUUUAUAUUUUCAAAUGUUCUGAUGGCUACUUUGAUCAGGAACACUCUUAUUUAUAAUCAAUGAUUUGGAAAUAAGAAAAUUUAAAACCAAAUAUAACUAUGUAGUUAGUAACUACACAGCAAGAGCUUGAGCAGGGUCAAAUGCAAAACCUUGUUUCUCUUUCCAAAGUGUAAAACAUAGAUCAAAAUGACCGCAGGUGUGUUGGCAAGCUUUGGAAAUAUAAAACCUCUGGAUCAUGAAGCUUGAUGAAACAAUGUGCUUGCAAAGCUUCAUGAUUUAAAUAUUUCUUUUUCUUUUUUUUUUUUUUGG